UGCAAGCAAUUUCAAAAAUGAGUCAAUCCAAGAAGUAUCAAAAAAUGGCUUUAAAAAUUAUGCAAUCACUUAGCGAUUAUGGGGAUAUCAUAGUCUUUUGGAAGGCAGAUGAUACUCUUCUAAUCAAAGAAUGUUUUGUAAAAAUGCUACAGCAGAAACAACGUCGUAAAAGGUUGAGUGCGGCGAAGUUGUGGCGGGAUGACAGGAGAAUUCACUGUUCGUAUGCAUUUGUGUCUAAUGAACUGCGCCUGUUAGAUACAUAUGCAUACAACAACUUCUACAAGAUGUCCAGCGAUACAUUUAAAUUGUUGUUACAGCUUGUAGAAAAAGAUCUACAAAAGUUGGACACAAACGCGCGAAAUGCUAUUUCUUCUGCAGAGCAAUUAUCCGUAACACUACGAUUUUUCGCAACUGGGGAAAGUUACAAAAGUUUAGAAUAUCAAACAAGGCUAUCGCAUUCUUAUUUGGUAUAUUGUAUACCAAACGUAUGCCGCACAAUUUGGAUAAAUUUAAAGAACAGUUAUUUAAAGUUUCCCACCACAAUUCAACAGUGGAAAUCAAUCGCUAAAGAUUUCGAACAAAAAUGGCAAUUUCCACUAUGUCUUGGGGCAUUAGAUGACGUCGGCGCUAACGGUAGAACAAACGAUAGCGCAGUAUUGAAAAAUUCAUCUCUUCAAAGAAUAUUGGAUACUGCUGAAGCUCAUUUCCCACCAGAUGAAAUAAUAGGAAACAACAGAUUGUUGCCAUAUGUUGUUGUGGGUGAUGGUGCUUUUGCUCUUCAUAGACACCUUAUAAAACCAUUUUCACAUAGAAUUAAUAUAGUGAAGAGGCAAAAUUUUAAUAAACGACUUUCAAGAGCCAGGCAAGUUGUAGAACGGUCAUUUGGAAUUCUGUCGUCCAGAUUUAGAGUGUUUCAAAAAUCGAUAAAUAUGAAAAAUGUGAAAAAUAUUGAAACCAUUACUCUGGCAUGCUGUGUACUGCAUAAUUUUCUUAUGGAUAACUCCUUGCAGUACGCAAAUUUUGAGUGCCCUUCAAAUCCUCAAACAUGCGAAGAAAGUUCCAAUAUUUAUGCACCAUUUGAGGGUGUUCGAACCGAAUUUAUGGAAUUUUUUAACAAUGAAGGAAAAUUGCAAUGGAUGGAAAUGUGAUUUAUUAGAAAUGCAAUUUACUUACUGAAU